UUUUUAUUAGAUAAAUUUGAGAUAAAGAAAAAUGAUCAAUACACUUUCCCCACCAUCACAAGCUGAAUAUUGAGAAACUGUCAACAGUAUGUCUGUAGUACAAUCUCAUCGUGAUGAGAAUGGAUCAAUUCAUUCAAACGAGAACGAUUACGAAGGUGCAAUAGAGAAAGGCGGCAAAUCAGAACAAAUGCCGCACUCAUCAAUCGUUGAGUCAUCGCCUUCGGUAUCAAGAUGGAUCGCAUUCAGAACCGAUAUCCUAUUAAUGCCUCUUUUGACAAUCGCUUUCGGCAUGCAAUACUACGAUAAAGCAAUCUUGGGAUCGGCAACAUUGUUUGGCAUCUUGACAGAUUUGGAUUUGAUCGAUCCUGAUGGAAAGACGUAUCGGUAUAGUCAAGCUUCUGCAUGUUUCUAUUACGGAUAUUUAGCCGGAGCAAUCCCAAUGAGCAUCCUUGUACAAAGAUGGAAAGGUAAAUUACACUUCUUCUUGGGCUUCAUGGUGAUCGUAUGGGGUGUGAUCGUGAUGCUGACGUGCAUUGUUGGCGAUUGGAGAGGUCUAUACGCACAAAGAAUAUUCCUAGGUUUCAUCGAAGCUUCAGUAUCGCCUGGCUUUGUGGCAAUCACGAGAAUGUGGUAUACCAAAGCAGAACAACCUUUACGUUUAGGUAUUUGGUGGUCAGCCGUUGGUCUGUUUAGCAUCGUUAGUGGUUUGAUCAACAAUGCUUUGGGUAAAGCGAACACAUCUUUGGCCGAUUGGAAGCUCAUGUUUCUCGUUCCAGGCGCAUUCACAAUCUUAUUCGGCUUUUUACUCUUGAUCUUUUUGCCGCCAUCACCUCUUCGUUCGCCUUUGGUACCUAUCCCAGGCUUCAACAAAUUCAGUCAAGAACAACGCGAGGCUAUUGAUACAAAAGUGCGACGCAAUAUGACUGGUAAUGAACGAGCAGGAUCUUCAUGGGAUUGGCAACAAGCCAAAGAAGGUUUACGUGACCCCCAAAUAUACAUCAUCUUCUUGUUGGCAACAUCGAUUUAUGUCAGUAAUGGUGCAGUGACCGUUUUUGGACCUUUGUUGGUCAAAUCGAUCGGUUUCACUUCAUUAAGAGCGACAAUCUUAUUGACCCCGGGCGGUGCAACAACGGCAAUUGGAAUCUGGACGUUUGCCUUUUUGGCUACACGUAAAUGGGUUAAUCGUGUGCCAUAUGCUCGUACUGCUUUGUUGAUCGUGAGCUGUUGGCCUGUGAUUAUCGGAUGUGCGAUGUGUUGGCGUGGCAAUUGGGAUCACAAAGCGAUCCCACUUGCAGGAUAUUAUCUUAUUCCGAUCUUUGGUGCUCCGUUUGUGAUGAUGAUGGGCAGUUGUACUGCCAAUAUUGCUGGAAGUACGAAACAAGCAAUCGCAAGUGCUGCAAUCUUUUUAGGAUACAAUUGCGGGAAUAUCGCUUCAAGUUACAUUUUGAUUUCAACAGAGAAGAAGGAUCAUUAUCCGACUACAUUCCAAAUCGUUAUUGGUUGUAUGUGUGCAACAAUGGCUCUUGCUAUCAUACAAGCACUUUAUUUAGCCAAUGAAAACCGUAGAAGAGAUCGAAUGUAUGGUCAAUCCGUCGUUCAAGAUGACAGCAACGGUGAAAAGGAAGCCAAGCUUGAAGAAACAGUCAAUCAUGAUCUUACCGACAGACAAAAUACAAAUUUCAGAUACACGUAUUAGAUUUUGGACAUGCAAUGCAUUCUUGUAUUUUACUGCUUUAAUUGUGUAUUUUUAGUAUUAUCAAUGCUCUUGUUUAUGC